AUGGCAGAAUGUGUGGCUUCCGCAUUUUGUGUUAAGCUGAAUACACAGAGAAGGCCUGUUAGUGGGAGAGGCUUCUCCGGUCAGAUUACAAAUCUCAAGACUGUUCAGAGAAAGUAUUCCAGAAGUGUAUUUGCGGCUACGGAUUUUAAAUUGAUUCCACGUCUUCAGGAGCUUCCAUUAAAGUGCAUUGGUUUAGGGGCUUUGGUUGACUUUGAUGGUGCAAGAACCUCUGAUUUGGUUCCAGUUGUUGAUCAGAUACUUCUGAUGAGCAGUAUAUUUCUUACUUAUAUGGCUGGAGUAAUUCCUGUUGAGAAAUCUCAUGCUAGUUAUCAAAAGAAUAAUUCUGAUAAAAAUGUGUUUCCUGAAAGCCCAGACAUUUCUGGUAGUUCAGCAAAUCAAAAUUAUGGAGUUGAGUCAAAGUAUGUAUUAAAUGUGGUGAGAGGAAAAAUUUGGAGUUCUUUAAAUGCUCUAGAUGAUGAGGCUUAUUCUGGAGACAUCAUCCUUCAAUCUGCCAAGAAACCCUUGAGUUUAAGUGCUGUUGCAAGGGGUCCAAAGUUAAGGUUGCUUUGGACUGCUUUUCAUCAAGUUGAAAAAGAGGUCAACAAUAUCAUAAGCAUUUCCAGAGCUGUUGGUAUGGAUGAUUUGUUUGGAAGGUUUUCUGAAAUAAUUCAGAGAUCCUGUCACUCUAUCUGUGCUGCGUGGUUGGAAAAGGAAUUUUUCCUUCUAAAGGGAAAUGCUGACAAGGAACUUGCAUCUAUGAUACUUGAAAAAGUGAAAGGAGAUAGAACUGUUGUACAGAGCAUUACCAGGUCUGGCAAGAAAGAUCUGUAUUCAGAACUACUUUGGUACCUUACUUUUGGUUCUCUCAGGGAGGAUUGCUAUUAUGAUGCGUGUAUAUUUGCUGUGCAUGGGAUAUCCAUUUUAGAAGAUUUAGUGAUAGCUCUAGCAGAUGGGGUUGCAAGCAUAUAUCUGGAGUUCAAUUCGGUUGAUAGUGAUGUCUCAAGUAAAACCAGUAGCUUGGAUAUGUCAUUAUGUGCUUUAUCCACCAGAGAACUCCAAAAGCUACGUAACGAGGUGGCUUUGAAUCAGUGGUUGUGCCACAACAUGGACACAGUUGUGUCAAUGUACGAGGAUCGCUUUGACCUAUGUAUUCUUGAGAGCAAACCCAUUGAUCUAACUGAUAAUAUUCAGAGCGAAGAGCAAAACUGGUGGAUGAGGCUUACCCAGCAAAAUUCAAAAACAACGUCACCUGAAUUACGUUGCAUUGAGAUUAGCCGUUUCUCAAUGCCUGUAAAGCGGACCAAAGAAUUAAGAGCCCUGACAGGAUGGCGAUAUUACUUCAGCCUUUUCCUGGAGUUGUCUGACAUCACCAUGCCCAUAAUUAGAGCAGUUAUUGAUAAAGUGAGUGAUGCUAUCUCAUUCUUUUUAGUUAGCUUGAUUGGGAGGUCUUUAGGACUCAUUUAUACAGGCAUUAGGCAGUCUCUCAGAUGGAAGUGA